CUGGCUCUGCGUCCCAUUGGUGAAAGACUAGCCGUCGUCUCUGACUCUCGCGGUACUGCUGCUCGAAGAUGGCGGCCGAACUGGUGGAAGCGAUGAACAUGGUCAAAAGUUUCCGGGUUUCAGACCUGCAGACGCUGCUGGCCUCGAUGGGUCGCAGCAAAAGCGGGCUGAAGCAGGACCUGGUGGGGCGCGCACUGCGGCUGGUGCAGACCGAAUACAGCCCAGAGCUUCUGAAGAAUGUCAGGCAGCUCUACGAGUCGCGCUUCCCAAAAACAUCUGGCUGGCUUGCUGCACGGCGUCCAGAGGGCGUCCCGGUUGCCUACUCGUCCCUCAGCUCCUCCCCCACUGCCACCUCUCAGGGCGCAGACUACCUCAACGGCAUUUCCAAACCAAUUGCGACACCUGCAGCAGAGGUCAAGCUGGUGCCACUACCCUUUUACCAAACCUUGGAGACACUGCUGUCACCAACAGAGCUAAUUGCCCAGAACAAUGAGAAACUGCAGGACAGUCAAUGCAUAUUUGAAUUAACACCGAACCAAGCUGAUCAGAUCAGAAAUGCAAGCGAGCUUCGUCCAGGAAUCAGAUCAAUCCAAGUGGUUCUUAGAAUCUGUUACACAGACUCCAUUGGUGUCCAGGAGGACCAGUAUCCCCCCAAUAUUGCUGUCAAAGUCAACCAGUCCUACUGUCAUGUGCCAGGUUAUUACCCCUCUAAUAAGCCUGGAGUUGAACCUCGUCGCCCUUGUCGACCUGUAAACAUCACUCCCUGGUUGCAUCUCUCCAGUGUCACUAACAGAGUCACCAUCACCUGGGGAAACUUUGGCAAGCGGUACUCGGUGGCAGUGUAUUUAGUGAGGGUCUUUACUGCAGCAGACCUCUUCAGCCAACUCAAACUCUGCUCUGUGGAGAGUGCAGAUCGCUGUCGUGAACGCAUCCAAGACAAACUUCGCUUUGACCCAGAAAGCGAAAUUGCCACCACAGGGCUACGAGUUUCUCUCAUCUGUCCAUUGGUGAAGAUGCGACUCGGCGUACCUUGUCGUGUUUUAACUUGUGCCCAUCUCCAGUGUUUCGAUGCAGUCUUCUUCCUGCAGAUGAAUGAGAAGAAGCCCACAUGGACUUGCCCUGUCUGUGACAAGCCGGCUCCUUUUGAACUGCUCACAAUUGAUGGGCUGCUAUCUGAGAUCCUGAAACAGACAAGUGAAGACAUUGAGGAGAUUGAGUACCUAACUGACGGCUCCUGGCAACCCAUCAGAGAUGACAAGGAGAGGGACAGGGAAAGAGAACGCAGCAACACGCCAGAGUACCCUGUUGUUGAUAUAUGCAUUCCUGAGGCAAACGGUCAUUCACCAGCCCACAGCAGCACCAGCCAGACGGGCAAAUCUGGCAGCAGUUCCGUGGGGAUGGCAGGAGGCACAGGGGGACCUGCCGUGGCACCGAGCGGAGGUGCGGUGGUAGAUCUGACUCUUGACUCUUCCUCUGAAGAGGAAGGCGGCGGGGCAGGAGGAGACAGCGAGGACACAGAGGAUAGCGCCGACAGUCCUGCCCCGAAGAGGGGCCGAUAUAACUACGACAAGGACCUGGUUACUGCCUACUGACCCCGCAGCUCUGUCCCCGCAUAGACUGACACACACACAGAGACAAAGGCAGGGGGCUCAAAAGAACUUGAGGACAGGAACAGUAAUCCACUAGAUGCAACGACCCUCCCUUAUGCCCAACAUUAGAGCCUUUUAGCAGCUCUGGUUUCUACCCAUACAAAACAAACACACUCAAACAUGCACUGUUAAAGAAUCUUCAAUCUAGAGCGAUUAGGAUUCCUCUUUGUACUGUACACCACUGGAAGCGACUCUAACUCUUUUUGGUCAACUGUCACCUCACAGUGAAUAUCUGUACCGUCCUGCCUCUGCUAAAGAAACUGAAUGGAUCGAGCACCCCGACACCACCAUCGCCCCCUUUCCUCCUCUCCUCUCCUCCGCUCUUCAGACUAUUUCCUCUCUUCCACCCCAUCACUCUUUGUAUUUGACUUGGAAUUACUGGCUCUUUUAGCCGUGGGUGUUCAAUGUUUGCGUUUCUGAUUUUUGUCACAUUUGUGAUGAACAGGCAAGUUGAAAAGCGGAGGCACCUCAGUAGUUUUUGGUGAAGGAUCAAAAACAGCAAUGGAAAAGAGGCAUGAGUAACUUUGGGGGAGGACACGGCAGAGGUAUGUGGAGUUUGAUGCAAAUCAAAACCUCGUCUGUUGGGUUAUUGUUUCUUCGUUCAUAGAAUGAAUUCAAGCUUGAAAGGGUUUUUUCAGGAAUUUAUCCUUUUAAUUAUAAAAGGGCAGAACACAAUACUGGCCUCUGAUGUGUGAUGCUUUCCAUUUUUAUUUUGUCCUUUAGAUAAGAGAACCUACCUCAGUCAUAAAAAAAACAAACUUAGCAGACUGACCAGAGAGUAGCUGGGAAGAAGGAGAGGACAGAAGAGUCUUUCUGAAGCCAAUUUUACACUGGAGACUUUUUUUAUUUUUAUUUUUUAAGUCCAUCGUUACAUGCCGCUCCAUUUCCUCUGCAGCAGAAAAGUCUUUGUUGAAAACCUAGUUAGUUUGUAGAUAACCACCAGGUUAACUGUUGGUGUCAGUGAUGGGUGGAGCUGUCCCACUAAAUAAAACAUUGCUGUAGUUUUUUUUGUUGCUUUAUUAAGAUUUAUUACGGUUGAUGUAUCAUUGCAUAACAUUGCAAAUGGGCAUAACACAUCAAAAUUACUGUUCGGCUUCUGCACCAAAGCAGAUGCAUUUUAAGAUUUCACUGACAGAAGAUGGUCUUGAGAUUUUGGUGCCUUUUUUUUUUUUGGUGAAGUGGUAUAAGAUUGGAGCCUGUUGUUUUAAAACUAGCUGAGCUGGCCAAUCAAAUGAGACUCCCCAGUCUGAGAGGUGUUUUAUUUUGUUUAUGUUUCAAUUGCAGUAAGAGCAGCACAAAAAAUUAGAAUCUGAGGUAAAGGACAGUCAUGGAACAGGAUUCAGAAGUGCUGUCCUUUUUUCUUUUUUUUUUUUUUUUUUCGCCCCCAUAUUUUGGUGUCUUUCUCUGCAAGCAUCAUAUUUAUUUUAUUGCUUCAUGUUCUCUUAACAGUUAUGUGUAAUAAAUCUACAUAAUAUUUGGCUGUAGUUCUGCACGGACAGGAGCUUGUACUUGCAGAAAGCAGGAGCUGCUGUGGUUUUGGGUGUCGAGAGGCUCAUGGCCGGGCUGUUGAUUAACAGUCAUAUUUCUUUUCCUGUGAAUGAAUUCCAAACCUGGGUCACAGAAGCACUCGGAGCAUUUUUUUCUGCGGCUGGGGUUGAACAUGUUUAACACAACAAGUGCGACCGCCGCCAAGUUUAGUCAUUCAUUGAAUUACAAAUUGUCCCGUCUGGAACAAGUGGAGCUGCUUCAACCAACAAUCCCCCUUCUGCUCAAUGUAGAUUAGGUCAUGUCUGUUUGCUGGAGUAGAAUUGGACUUAAAUUGCCACACACUGUAGGCUCAGACUAAUGUUACUCUGCACCCAUACUAGUGUUGUUGGUUUGCUAUUGCUGCUCCUCGGAUGAGGACACAUGGGCUGCACGUGUUUGCAUUAGGUUCGUCUGCAGGAUGGUCAGAAAAUAUUGCUGUGUUGAUAGAGCAGUUUGCACUUUCAUUGGAAGCGUCAUAGAGUUUAUGGCUUAUUUAUUUUAACGCCAUCAUGUAGUGAGUAUUAAUCAAAGAUAAAUUUCCUUUGUGACCAGAUAUCCUCUAACAUCUCAUGCAUGGGAAUCAGAAAAUGUGAAACUAAAAAAAGGGCGCAGUCGUUCUCCACUGUAAAACAGUUAUUGUCCCUUUUUGUUGCGGUUUGAACAGCACACGUUUUUGGUUUUCAUGCGUCUUGUUCAAAUGCAGAGAAUUUAUAUUUACACAUUAACCGAGGCCUCUCUGUCGGUAAGUGCAUCGUACGAGCGGGCUGUUGAUUUGAAAAAAGUGGGUUGAGAAAAAUCUGGUCUUCCAUUUCUCUCCUCUUUUUGCAACAUUGAAGUAGCUUUCAAAAUUAACAUACUGGUGAUAAAUAUUUGGUAAUCACACAAAAUUGAUUGAUGGCCUUUACUACACCUGAGUCUGUCCAUGAAAAGGAUAUUCUGUAUAUGGAGUUUUGAAGAAAAAAGUAAUUGUGAAGAACUCUAAUACCUGUUUUUUACAAGGCAAAUGGAGUAACUGCUAUACAUUUAAAAUGACACUGUUCAUUUGUCACUAGGUAUAGAAGGUUAUUAUUUGAACGGAUCUCCUAAACUUCUCUUUGCCUUUAUGGUUAAAGAUGAGAGGCGGUGCAGGUUGCUUCUGUGGAUCUGAGCCAGAUGUGUUUGUGCAAGUUGUUUUGGGAGCAGGAGAGAGCUGAGGGUCUGGUCUUUUUGUAGUGGCAUCUCUUCAUCGUACAAUAAAUGCAUAAGGUAGCAUGGGCAGAGGCUUACAAUCCCUGAUGUAAAUGUUUUGUUUGUUGUGUUUUUUAUAUGUUCAUAUUAAAAGACAAUAAAAUUAAAUAAUAUUUUAUUAAGCCUUGAAUCGCCUCCAGUUGUUCCUAUGGGCGAACAGAUGAGGAGCUGUUGAAGGGCAGCAGCAGCUGGAGCUGAUGCCACUGAGGACUGGGAGGACUGGUUCUGAGGUGUGGAUUGUUCAUGUCCUGUACCAAAUGCUCAGAUCUGGGGACACAUUUGAUGCCUGUUGAGGACAAAACUGUAAAAUUUCAAAUGAUCGUAUUCUAACAGCUGUUAUUGACGUGUGGAAUUAAUUAAAAUCAGUUCUUAAAAA